AAAAAAAAAAAACAGAGGGGUGCAUAUUGUCGAUCUCUGCCCUUUUAUAUUCUGACAAAGUCUAAUUUACCUUCUUUGUCUUCUUUUGGAUCUUUCUGCACUUAUAAAUAGUACCACAGCAUGUUUUUUUUCCAAGUUUCUUGCGUAACCCCUUGGUGGGCAACAAAGCUAGCCAACUAAGCAACCAGAAACAGCAAACACAGGGAAAAAGAAAAGAAGGAAUUUCUUUCUUCUUUAUUCACAUCUUUGCCUCCCUUAUUUGCUCGCUUCUCAUUCUCAGAUUGUCUUUUACUUUGCAAGAAGAAACUAGUAUGGCUCAGGCUGAGAUCUCAGUAGCUAAUGGCAGGCAUGGAGUUGUAUUGGAUGUUAAGGAUGAUAAUCCUUGUAAUCCUGCUCCAGCUGGUAAUAAGCCUCCUCCUUGUGCCUCCAAAACUAAAGAAGAUUCAAUCUCAAGCAUCUCCGUACCUUUCAUUCAAAAGUUGAUAGCUGAGAUGGUUGGCACUUACUUCUUGAUAUUUGCCGGAUGUACAUCGGUGGCGGCGAAUUUGAACUACGACAAGGUGGUGACACUUCCAGGAAUAUCAAUAGUUUGGGGAUUAGCGGUGAUGGUCUUGGUUUACUCUGUUGGUCACAUCUCUGGUGCCCAUUUCAACCCGGCUGUCACUCUUGCCUUUGCCACCUGCAAGAGAUUUCCCUGGAAACAGGUUCCAGCUUAUAUAGCAUGCCAAGUCACUGGAUCAACACUAGCUGCUGGAACAAUUCGAUUAAUUUUUACUGGGAAGCAAGAUCAAUUCACAGGAACAUUGCCAGCAGGAUCAGAUAUGCAGUCCUUUGUAGUUGAGUUUAUAAUCACAUUCUAUCUCAUGUUUAUCAUAUCAGGUGUCGCUACCGAUAAUCGAGCUAUUGGUGAACUUGCUGGACUUGCUGUUGGUGCUACGGUUCUCUUAAAUGUGAUGUUUGCAGGCGCAAUUUCAGGGGCAUCAAUGAACCCAGCAAGAAGCCUGGGGCCUGCAAUUGUAUCAAGUCAAUACAAGGGGCUAUGGAUUUAUAUUGUGUCGCCAAUACUUGGUGCUCAAGCAGGUGCAUGGGUCUAUAACAUGAUUAGAUAUACAGAUAAGCCUCUGAGAGAGAUCACCAUGAGUGCUUCAUUCCUCAAGAACACAGGACGUGCUUAACAAGAAAAUGAUUUCUCUUACUGGCUCUUUAUUUCAUGUAAUCUAAUACAAGAUAAGACCUUUAAUUCCUGUAUCUGAAGGAUAUUCUGUAAUUUUUCCUGCUCAUCAAUGCAAUAGAAAGAUUUCCAUUAGUAGUCUA